AUGCCGUUCGUCGACCAUUCCAACCCACGUACGAUAGAUCUUUCAGGAUACUCAGACGAGGAGAAAAGGUUUUCGUCGUCGAACGAAAUGGAAAAGAAGACGUCGCCAAGCAGCAAACCUGAGAUGCAGCUAACUCCCAUCCCGUCUAACAAUAAAGAAACGAUCACCACUACACGCUAUGGUCGGCGCGUUCAUUGCCCUGUUCGUUAUACCGCCUGA